UAUGUUUCUCCAUAUUUUAGUGCGUUUUCAGCUUUGAAACUCGGGGCUGAUAUGGCUCAUAUUGUCUGCCAACCUACAGCAGCGAUUUCUAUAAAGAAUCCUGAUUUAACUUCCGAAGAGAUAAUAGAUAAUGUAACAUCUCUUUUUAAGCGCACGCACGUGCUAGUUAUUGGUCCUGGCUUAUCAAGAGAUAAGAUGAUGUUGGAAUGUGCUAAGGGUAUCAUAUUAAAGGCAAAAGAAGAACAUAUACCAAUGGUUAUUGAUGCGGAUGGAUUGUUUCUUAUUCAAAAUGAUCCUGAUAUUAUCAAAGACUAUUCUGAAGCAAUUUUGACACCCAAUAGGAUAGAAUAUGAAGAUGACCAUAAAGGGGAAUUGAUUCAAAAAUUAAGUCGGGUUUUUGGUGGAGUAACUAUUGUCCAAAAGGGCGAAAAUGACUUAAUUUCUAAUGGUAAUUCCGUCUUUCUGGUCGAUAAUAAAGGUGGUCUCAAGCGUUGUGGUGGGCAAGGCGAUAUUCUUACAGGACUUAUUUCCACAUUCAUAUCAUGGGGCGUGGCAUAUAAGAAAAAUAUAUGGGCGCACGAUAAUUCCAUAUCACCCACAGAUAUUCCAAUGUUGGCUAGUUUUGCGGGAUGCACACUUAUGAGAGAAUGUUCAUGGGCUGCCUUUACGAAACUGGGACGUUCUGUUCAAACAUCAGAUAUGAUCCCGGAAAUUGGACCAUCCUUUCAACGGUUGUUUGAAAGGUAA